GACCCCAACGCCCCCAAGCGUGGUCUCUCCGCCUACAUGUUCUUCGCCAACGAGCAGCGCGAGAAGGUUCGCGAGGAGAACCCCGGCAUCAAGUUCGGCGAUGUUGGCAAGAUCCUCGGUGAGAAGUGGAAGUCUCUCAACGAGAAGCAGAAGACUCCCUACGAGGCUAAGGCUGCCGCCGACAAGAAGCGUUACGAAGAGGAGAAGGCUGCCUACACUGCUGUAAGUUUCUGCUGA